AUGCCGAUUGAUAAAUUUGGAAGACAUAUGCUCCGCUCAAAGAAGACGGACACUGCUGCGAUCUUCAGUACUUUUCUAAGAUCCAACCUAUCCAGCGUAUGUGUGGUACCCAUUUAUUCCUCCACAUCCAGCGAGCAGUUUUACACAUUUAACGACAAUAGCAAGGACUAUAUCGUUCCUGUGACUGAGAUAGUUGAUAGUAUAAAUGUUCCGCCAAAAGUAAGAGUGACAAUUGGUUUAAAUAGUCUCACCGACAACACACCUAUCACGAAAGGUGAUAUUCUCCAUUUCUUCACAUCUAAAGAACCCAGACCAGAGCAGCUUAUAGCAAAUAUUGUAAUGCGCUGUCCAUUGAUACAACAAUGA